AUGUUCGCUCGUGUGUUCAAGGCCAUGCCCGCCAGGGCCCCUGCCUUCACCUCCGUGAAUGCUUCUAUCCAGUCCCGAUUCAUGGCUACCGUCCGUCAGGGACGUCCCGCCACUGAACGUGCCACUUUCACGAUCCGAGAUGGCCCCAUCUUCCAUGGGAAGUCCUUUGGAGCCCGCUCCAACAUUUCGGGUGAAGCCGUUUUCACCACUUCCCUGGUCGGAUACCCCGAGUCUCUGACCGACCCCUCCUACCGUGGUCAGAUCCUGGUCUUCACCCAGCCUCUGAUCGGUAACUAUGGUGUUCCCUCCGCUGAGAGGGACCAGCACGGUCUGCUCAAGUACUUUGAGUCUCCCAACCUCCAGGCCGCUGGUGUCGUCGUCGCCGAUGUGGCUGAGCAGUACAGCCACUGGACUGCCGUCGAGAGUCUCGGUGAAUGGUGUGCCCGUGAGGGUGUGCCCGCCAUCUCCGGCGUCGACACUCGUGCCAUUGUCACCUACCUCCGUGAGCAGGGUUCUUCCCUCGCUCGUAUCACCGUCGGUGAGGAGUACGACGCUGACCAGGAUGAGGCCUUCGUCGACCCUGAGCAGAUCCACCUGGUCCGUCAGGUCAGCACCAAGGCUCCUUUCCACGUCAGCGCCGCCGACCCCCAGUGCCACGUCGCUGUGAUCGACUGCGGUGUCAAGGAGAACAUUCUGCGUAGCUUGGUCAGCCGUGGAGCCAGUAUCACUGUGUUCCCCUUCGACUACCCCAUCCACAAGGUCGCUCACCACUUUGAUGGUGUCUUCAUCUCCAACGGCCCCGGUGACCCGACUCACUGCCAGGACACCGUCUACCACCUCCGUCGCCUGAUGGAGACCUCCCAGGUGCCCAUCUUCGGUAUCUGUCUGGGUCACCAGCUCCUGGCUCUGGCCAACGGUGCUCGUACCAUCAAGCUCAAGUAUGGUAACCGUGCUCACAACAUCCCGGCACUGGACACCACUACUGGCCGCUGCCACAUCACCAGCCAGAACCACGGUUAUGCUGUUGAUGCCUCCACCCUGCCUUCCGACUGGAAGCCCUACUUCGUCAACCUGAACGAUUCUAGCAACGAGGGUAUGAUCCACAAGACUCGUCCCAUCUUCAGCACCCAGUUCCACCCCGAGGCCAAGGGCGGUCCCCUGGACUCCUCUUACCUCUUCGACAUCUACCUGGACAGCGUCGUCAAGUACAAGAACCACCAGCUGGCGUUCCACCCCAACCGGAACACCGUCCCCAGCCCUCUCUUGGUUGACCUCUUGGCCAAGGAGCGUGUGGGCGUCCAGCCUACCAUUGGCAUGCAGAACGUGGCUGCCGCCGCUGCUGCUGCCGUUGCUGCCGCUUAA